AUGGAUAUUGUCUUCAACCAACACGCCAAUGGCACCUUUGACAUCGAAUACUUCCAGUACACGCCGUCAAAGGAGGCAGGGCUGGCAUUUGUGACAAUCUUUGCUGCCGCAACAGCAGUUCACGUAGGCUACAUGUUCUUUUUCCGAGCAUGGUCCUUCAUCCCCAUGAUACUGGGCGGGAUAUGCGAAGCCUUCGGCUACUACGGCCGCUUCCAAGCCCACUCGGAACCGAAACAUAUCGGGCCGUGGAUCAUGCAGGCAAUGCUUCUCCUCUGCGCCCCUCCCCUUCUCGCCGGGAGCAUCUACAUGUCCCUGGGCCGGCUGAUCACCGCCCUCGACGCCUCGCGCUUCUCCUUGAUCCGCCCGAGCAUGCUGACAAAGAUAUACGUGCUGAUCGACGUCCUCGCCUUCAUAAUCCAGCUCGCCGGCGUGGGAGUCCAGGCCUCGGGCGACUCGGACCUCAUGGCCAUCGGCAAGAAGUGCAUCCUGGGCGGCCUGAUCUUCCAGGAGGUCGCGCUGGUGUUCUUCACCUACGUCGCCGUCAGGGUCCAGUCGAAGCUGGCCCGCGAGCCGACCGACGUCGCCCUGGGGAUCGGCCACGUGCUCCGGUGGAGGAGGUGCUUUGCCGUCAUGUACGUCGCCACUGGCCUGCUGAUCCUGCGGAACCUGAUCCGCCUGGUCGAGUUCGCGCAGGGCCCGAAGGGGACCAUCGCGAGCAGCGAGGCGUUUAUCUAUGUGUUCGAUGCCGUCCCCAUGGCCUUGGUCAUGGUCGCGCCGCUUGUCUUCUACCCGGCUAGGCUGACCAGGGUGGCGUGGAACUCGGAGUACAAGGUUGUCGGAUAA